AUGGAGAACGAUCAGAUCAGCUCGAGUUCGGACGAAUUCGAUUUUGCCGCUUUGGAUGACGAACUUACAUUGAUUUCCGGUGGAUUAUGUCGCGAAACCAACGAAUCCAGUGGAGAAGACAAUGAUGGAGUAAGAGACUACGACGAAGUGCUGCCAAACGUACAAUUUAUACCUGGUCAAAACCCCACAGCACCACAAAUAAUGUCCAACGUACAAGAACCAAUAGAUUUUUUACAACUGUUUUUCACUAAUAAGCUCGAGAAAAAAAUUAUUCGUGAAACCAUUAAGUAUGCAAAAAGAAAAUUGGAAGGGAAGACGCUGUCUGCAACUUCGAUAUGGCGAAGCUGGCGUGAUGUCACCAACGAAGAGUUCUGGGCAUUUCUUGCUGUCGUUAUCAAUAUCGGGACAAUGCCGUUGGCCAAUUUGCAAGAAUAUUGGUCGAAGAAUGUCGUCAGUCAUAUUCCUUUCUAUUCGGAAACAUUUACAAGAGACAGAUUUAGUCAAAUAUUUUGGAUGCUUCAUCUGGAAACUCUUCCAACACACACCACCAAUCCACGAACGCGCCUACAACGCGUAAGCUGCUUUUUGGAUUAUCUCAAUUCAAAAUUUUUGGAUUAUUUUAUACCGGACGAGCACAUAUGUGUGGACGAAUCAACUAUAAAAUACAAGGGUCGAAUUUCGUUCAUUACAUACAUACAAUCCGAAGAAACCGACAAAGUGGGACAUCAGAGUUUAUACUUUAGCUGA